AUGUCUGCCAGCAAUGACAUCUAUCAGACUCCUCUCAACUCGCGCUAUGCGAGCACUGAGAUGAAGUAUCUUUUCUCGCCUCGUAUGCGCUUUUCUACGUGGCGCAAGCUUUGGAUCUGGCUUGCCGAGUCCCAGAAAGAGCUCGGACUUCCCAUCACCGACGAGGCAAUUGAGCAAAUGAAGGCUCAUGCCACCAUCCAAGAUGAAGAGUUCAAGGUCGCCGCCGAGGAGGAGAAGCGUCGCCGCCACGACGUGAUGGCCCACGUCCACGCCUUUGGUCAGGUUGCCCCUGCUGCUGCGGGAAUCAUUCAUUGGGGUGCUACAUCUUGCUACUGCACUGACAAUGCCGACUUGAUCUUGCUUCGCGAUGGUCUGGAUAUCCUCAUUCCCAAGUUGGCUGUUGUCGUCGACAAGCUUUCUCAGUUCGCGCAGCAGUACAAGGACCUGCCUUGCUUGGGCUUCACCCACGGUCAGCCUGCACAGCUUGUGACCGUUGGUAAGCGUGCCUGUCUCUGGAUCCAGGAUCUGCUCAUGGAUCUGCGUAACCUCGAGCGUGCCCGUGAUGACCUGCGCUUCCGUGGUGUCAAGGGUACUACCGGUACCCAGGCUUCCUUUUUGCAGAUCUUCGAGGGUGACCAUGCCAAGGUUGAGAAGCUGGAUGAGCUGGUAACCGAGAAGGCCGGAUUCAGCUCUGCCUUUAUCAUUUCUUCCCAGACCUACUCUCGCAAGAUUGACGUGGACGUCGGCAAUGCCCUCGGCUCGUUUGGCUCCACUUGCGAACGCAUUGGAAUUGACAUUCGUCAUCUGGCUAUGCUCAAGGAGGUUGAGGAGCCUUUUGAGAAGGAUCAAAUUGGUAGCAGUGCUAUGGCCUACAAGCGCAACCCCAUGCGAUCAGAGCGUCUCUGCUCCCUCGGUCGCCACCUCCAGAACCUGCCCAAGGAUGCCCUGGACACCUACUCUGCUCAGUGGUUUGAGCGCUCAUUGGACGACAGUGCCAUUCGCCGAAUCAGCAUCCCCGAACUCUACCUGACCGCCGAUGCUUGCCUUAUUCUUCUGAACAAUGUCAGCUCCGGCUUUGUCGUCUACCCGGAGGUUAUCAAGCGUCAUGUCAACGAUGAACUUCCAUUCAUGGCUACUGAGAACAUCAUCAUGGCCUGCGUGAAGAAGGGUCUGUCUCGUCAGGAUGCCCACGAAGAAAUCCGUGUUCUCUCCCACCAAGCCGCCGACAACGUCAAGAAGCAAGGCAAGGACAACGACCUGCUCGACCGCAUCCGCCGCACCCCCUUCUUCAACCCCAUUCUCCCGGAGCUGGACGCCCUCCUGGACGCAACCACCUUUGUCGGCCGUGCCCCUCAACAGGUGGAAAAGUUCACCACCACCGAGGUUGCCGCUGCUCUCAAGCCCUAUGCCUCUCAGAUCGCCAAGGGCGAGACUUCUUCGCUCUAUGUCUAG